UUUCCCUUUCAUUUCACCCCCCAAUCAAUAUCUCUUAUUAUUACAGUAAUUCACAUUACAUAUGAAAACCCGACGGGGAAAUGCCUAUCCGGUUGCCGGAGCUCAGUUAACUAGCAGCCGGAAAAAGUCAAAACCGUCAAAUGCUCUUUGUGACAACUUUGAUAGACUACCAGACGACAUCGUUUUAGUCAUCCUUGCGAAUCUUAGCUCCUCAGCCGAACGCCCGUCUGAUUUCAUCUCCUCUCUAUUAAUAAACAGAAGGUUUUACGGAUUGGGACUAGACCAGAAGGUGUUAUCGAAAGCUUCGGCAGAAACGUUUGCGAUUAAACCUCACAAAUGGUCUCUCAAUGCCAAUUGGUUUCUUAAACGAUGUUCUGAUGCCGGAAACGCCGAUGCUUCUUACACUCUCGGCAUGAUUCAGUUCUACUGCUUUCAAAACAGAAGAAAUGGGGCAGCGUUGAUGGCAAAAGCAGCGAUUGCAUCACACGCGCCAGCAUUAUACUCGCUUGCUAUCAUCCAGUUCAACGGAAGUGGAGGCACAAAAAACGUCAAGGACCUAAUUGGGGGAGUCACGCUGUGUGCACGUGCAGCGUUUCUGGGCCACAUUGACGCUCUCCGUGAAUUGGGUUAUUGUCUGAAAGACGGUUAUGGAAUCAGUAAAAACGUAACAGAAGGCCAACGGUUUCUGUUACAAGCAAACGCGCGUGAACUGAAUGCAAUGUACGAUCCACGUGCUUCUGUUGCGGGUCGGGUGGGUCAUCCCGCAAACCGUUUUCUGGCGAGUUGGUUUGUGAAUCGGGUGCCCGACCCGGCAUUGCGGAUUUGUUGUUAUGCGGGUUGUGGACGACCCGAGACUAGGAUGCAUGAGUUUAGGAGGUGUUCGGUUUGCGGGGUGAUGAAUUACUGCUCACGUGGUUGUCAAGCGCGUGAUUGGACAAUGGGUCAUUUUAAGAGUUGCAGGCCCUUGGUGUUUAUGAAUGUUGUUGAUCAUCCUCACGCGUGGUUGGUUUAACGCUGACAAUGACGGUGAGAUGAUGAAAAGGAGGAUGAUGUGAUGAUAUUGGUUUUAUGUUUUUACAGUUUAGAGGGUAGCAAUUUUGUACACAAAACAAAAUAUAUAUAGCUAUAUAGCUUAGCUAGUGGAGUAAUAUGAGAUAUGAUAUCAUAUAGCUGCCUUUUACUUUUUUAGUUUUUGUUACCUUAUCAAAAAUAGUUGUGGCUAAA